UGGAUGUAAAGCCAUCCUAUAUGGUAGUUUGUACCGUAUCUGUUCCCCAGAGCCACAUAUUGAACACCCUUGCUUUAGGUAGAAAGUUUAUUAUUAUCUGUCAAGGUGAUUUUCCGCCCAGACAAACAGAAGAGCAGGUGAUUUCACACACUGGCAUCUCCCCACAGUCAGACAUGGAGGACUUAAUGAUAUUAGAACUUCCUACCAACAGGCCGGAGAGGUACAAGCUUAGACACUGUCAUGUAGGCAAAAUUAGUGUCAUAUUUUUGUUUUUCUACAGGAAAAAAGUAAACGCCAUUCAUGUCUGGUUGGUGUUAAUAUCCUGGCACAAUAAACUAGCCCACAACAAAAUUUCAGCUACCAGAUUUUGCCUUGGUUUUCAUCCCUCGCCAAAUUUCUCAAAGACAUCCUCUACAUCAGCCACUUACAGCUUUUUUCAUGUUGUUUACGCGCCGUUGAAGUCGUGAUUACACUUUUUACGACAGUCUCCGAAUGCAGCACGGGAACAACCCCCGCCCCCAAUAACCUCCCCCUCAUGUAACGUCACACCAACGGCUAUUUGCAUGAAGUGUUUUCUGGCUGCAGCUCGAGCUCGGCUGCAGAGCGAGAUCCUCAGAGGGGGAAAGCGAGGGAAGCGGUGCAGUGAAAAUAGGAGGAGGGGGAGUCUUGUGUUUCACAUCAGAGGAGCAGCGAGGAAAAACGGGCUGAAAGCAAGGAUAAGGUGUCCGAUAACAAAAGCAGAGAGGGGGGGGAAAGCAGAAGAGCGGCUUCUCUUGUAUCGGAAAAUGGAGCUCCCCGCCGCGGGAGAGCACGUCUUUGCGGUGGAGAGCAUCGAGAAGAAGCGCAGCAGAAAGGGACGGGUUGAGUAUUUGGUCAAGUGGCGUGGAUGGUCUCCAAGAUACAACACAUGGGAACCAGAGGAGAACAUCCUGGACCCAAGACUACUUGAUGCGUUUCAAGACAGGGAACGUCAAGAGCAGAUGAUGGGGUAUCGCAAGAGAGGACCCAAGCCAAAACAUCUUCUGGUCCAGGUGCCUUCCUUUGCCAGGAGGUCCAGUAUCCUGGCUGACCUACAAGAGGCGUCCCUGGAUGAGGACAGCUGUCAGAACGCCAGUCCCAUCCAGAUGCUUCGUCCGCAGCCCCAGCAUUACCAGCUGAACAGUAAGAAGCACCACCAGUACCAGCCGCUGUGCAGGGAGCGUGAGGCUGAGCAGCAGGCUAACGGCAAGAAGUUUUACUAUCAGCUUAACAGCAAGAAGCAUCAUCACUACCAGCCAGACAUUAAGGUGCACGAGCCCAUAUUUGCUAAACCCAAGAUAGACGUCCAAGCUCCUGAGCUGGCUAACAAAGAGUAUAACCUUCCUCCGGUGCUGCAGCAAAAGUGGGUUCGGGACAAGGACUCGGGCUGUCUGACCAAAGUGAAGGAUAUCACCAUGGAGUUGAAGAAGCUUCCGGCAAACUUCAACGGACACAAAGAGCAAGAGAAGCCAAAACCUAAGGAGGACGCUUUACCACAGCCCAACGGUGUCAGCAGCAGCAAACUAAAGAUUGUGAAGAACAAAAACAAGAAUGGCCGGAUUGUUAUUGUCAUGAGCAAGUACAUGGAAAACGGGAUGCAAGCAGCUAAAGUGAAAAACGGCGAGUGUGAUGCUGCUGAAAAGCCACCGCAAGGCACCGACAAUGGUGCGGAAAAGCACCUGGAAAAGAUGAAGCUCGUCAAAAAGCUCGGCCUCAUCAAUGGAUUUGCUAAAAGCCCCGUAGACAAAGCAACGUCUCUCAGUUCUGGAUUUAAUGGAAAUUGCCCCAAAGAAAAGGAACCGUCCCUGAAAGCGGAGCUAACUGUGACAGAACAGGAUAAACAUGUUGAGGUUAGGGGUCAGGGCCAGCUUCCAGAGGAUCAGCCUUUGCAAUUGACAACCAAACCUAAUCUGCUCUCCCGGCCUUUGAACAGGGGAGUCCCCUCAUCACAGGACAAAAGAGAAGGCCAAGGUGGGUUUCAAGGGCUAAAGCGACACCUCUCUGACACAGAUGGUGAGGAACGUGAGGGUAGUAAAAGGUUUUUGAGCUCCAGGAGCAUAAGCGCUCCCAACACAGCAUCAUCACCUGUCCAAAGCAUCAACAUCGACCAAAAUGGACACCACAGUCACCCCGGGCUGCAGGAUUGUGGGUAUGUGGACCAAGUGGAGCCCAUUGACUUGAGUAUUGUCAAGUCGAGGCCUAAAGCUCCAGUUCCCACGGCAGCCCAGCCUGAAACGCACACACAGCCCGAGGCGCUAACACACACAGAGGAGGAAAGACAAACAGAGGCUGACACACAAACAGAAACUCAGCUUGAAACACAACAACCUGCAGAAGUGGAGAACGCCGAGUCGCUGUCCGUUUCUAACCACGAACAGAAAAAGGAGGACACAUUUCCCUCCUUCAAACCUUUCCUUGGGAAUAUAGUCAUCACGGACAUUACCACAAACUGCCUCACCGUUACGUUCAAGGAGUACAUAGCAGCGUAACAAUCUGGGUACCAGCUGUUCAUCUGUAUAAAUGUACAUGACAUAUAUUUGUAUUUUUGGAUGCUUGAAUGUACAAAUCGACCCUUGAUGUUGUUUUCAUUUUGUAUAUUGGUAGUUCAGAUAACAAGAGAAACUUUUUAUUUGCAUAUUUCUUUCUUAUAAGCUCAACCUGUUGUUAUUUCUGGAGAUUUUAUAACAUGCAGUAUCUUCUUGAAACCUAAACUGCAAAAUUAGAUCGAGCAAAUGAGGGGAUGUAAUUAAAGAUGCACUUACUCGUGUAAAUAAAUACGCUUCACUUUUCUAUGGAUGUAACUCGUUUUAUACAGUCAACCGUCUACAUGUCAGAUAAUGUCAAACAAAUGUAGGCUAUAUGGAGAAUUUUGUUAGGAAGAAAAUUAUAUUGAAUCCUGGUAAAUUACACUGUGUGUGUGUGUGUGUGUGUGUGUGUGUGUGUGUGUGUGUGUGUGUGUGUGUGUGUGUGUGUGUGUGUGUGUGUGUGUGUGUGUGUGUGUGUGUGUGUGUGUGCGCGAACAGAUGGACAGAUUUAAAGGAUGCGUGCUGCUUGGACAGAUUAUGCCAUUAGGCAUGCUUAAACAAGCAAAUAAAGAAAAAUGAAGCGCCUUUUUGUCAAUAAAUAUGAUUUGCAUUGUUAAAAAGGCUUUUAAAUGGAAGAUUAUUCAAGCUCGAUGUUUGCUUCUGUUCUGUUUUUUAAGCCAUGCCUCUCUGAUGCCGAGCACCAGUCGCCUGUGACUCUGAUAAUUUAUGUUUUGCAGCAGCACACUGACUGAACGUGGCUUCUUUUUCUUUUAUUUGAAUGACAUCAGUCACAAAUCUGCUAGUUGAGCUCUCUAAUCUUACAGACUAAUACCACCAGCUGGGUUCUCUGGAUUCAACUUUUCAUGUCUCUGUUCUUUGGCACCCUGACGUGUUCAGUGAAGGCAGUGCAGUUAUUAUGUAUGGGAUCCCAGAGGCUUGUCUUGACAUAGUUUGCAGUGGAGCUGCAAUUAGAAGUGUGUAAAAGCACUUUUCAUAAUCACUUCUGAUCCCCUGUGUCUCUUCCUGCACUGCUGGAGGUGGAUUGAGCUGCUCUGUGAGAACCUGGAGCACCGUGUGCUUUUGUGUGCAGAGGAAAAAAUAAUGGCUUCUUAUGAUGCAUCAUAAUUUGCAAUAAUAAAAUUGUUUGCAACUGA